AUGGUGAACAUUCCUAAAACCUGCCAGACCUUCUGUAAGAAGUGCAGCAAGCACCAGCCCCAGAAAGUGACACAGUACAAGAAGGGCAAGGAUUGUCUAUAUGCUCAGGGAAAGCAGUGUUAUGGCAGGAAGCAGAGUGGCUAUGGUGGGCAGACUAAGCCAGUUUUCCAGAAGAAGGCUAAAACUACAAAGAAGUUUGUGCCGAGGCUUGAAUGUGUUGAGCCUAACUGCAGAUCUAAGAGAAUGUUGGCUAUUAAGUGA